UCCAACUCCAAGUAUAUAAAUAAGCUUUAAGUUUGCUGAAAAAGCCAUAAUAGUUGAAAACGAACAACUAUGGCGGGAACUGGAAAUGAUCCGCAGAAACAACUUCUAAGCAUAAUCCGCAAUUUCGCCACCGAGAAAUCUCAAGGAGAACGAAGAGUAGUUACUCUGAGAAAGCAAUUCGAAACACUUAAAUCAGAAUUAAGCGAUGCUAAUGCGGAACUUGAGAAAUCCAAACGCUGUAAAGAACUUGUUGAACAGGAACUUAAAGGAUUUGAACUUCAUUUGUUUUUGAGUGAAGCUUCGGUUCAAACCCUAGAGGCGAGGGUGUCUCUAAUUCAGAAUGAUAUGGCUGUUGUGGAAUCUGAUUUGGAAACUCUCAAGAAUGAAGAAUCGACUUUACGUGAUCAAUUCAUCCGCAACAUGCUUGAUCUGAAUGCCAAAAUAAGGAAAUUUCAAGAGAGCAUUGUUGCUUGCGACAUUGAUGCAGUAGAAUAUGCUGCUUGUGGAGAUCCCGCACCAGUAACUAUGAAAGAAAAUGACACUGAUGCUGCUCUAGGGGCUCUUGAAAGUAGGCUUUCGGAGAUACUAUCUCAAACAACUAAAGAGGAUGCUGAAUUCCAAGCCCAACAGGAAAUUUAUAAGAACGUCCAGCGUGAACUGAUUGACUGUGAAAGAAAGGUGUCUUUAAUGAAUAUGAUAGUCACAGAAAGUAAAGAAUUGCAAGAUCUCACCAUAUAUCCUUAUAAGUAUUAAAUUGAUGCAGUUGUUUUUAUAGUCGCAUAAGUUACACAACAUGAAAUCAUGAAAUAAUUUCACUAACAGAGAAGUAGAAUCCCAAUCACAUCAAUAUACAAAUGUAGUAAGACAGGUCCAACACGUAAAAACACUUAUCAUUUUAAUGAGUAUGGUUCAAUAGCGCAUAAAUCUUUUUGUUUGAUAAGCUGCUCUGUUGGCAUGUUUUAGUUUCAAUUGUAAGACUAGAAAUUAAGGAGAAUUUUGAUCAAUGCAAGAAUACAAGCUGGCAAAGUCCAAAUGUUUUUUUUUUUUUUUGACAUAGGCAAAGUCCAAAUGUUCACUACCUAGACUUUUGGCAUUCCUAGUUUCAUCAAAAUAAUGAAAUCAAACACAAAAAAAUAAAAAAAUAAAAAAAUUAAUUUUUUAAGUUUAAUUACUAUAGAGAAGUAUGCUUCUGCUGUAUAACCUGGCUAAAAUAUGUGUCAGUACAACAUACAUUUGUUUUUAAGAUCCUAGUAUUUGUUGAAUAAAAUAUCUAACUGGAAACAAUUCACUUGGUGCGGAGCUUCAGAACAGAUCCAUGUGCCCUAGAUGUCAUCUGGACAAUUUGGAGGCUUUAACUGCUUCUCUGCAGGCGAAUGGGGAAAACUAAUCUCUUGUAAAUAGUUUACUUCUUGACCAAACACUUAAAAAUGUUGAUAUCAAUGUUCUGUAGUGAUAUUGAACUUUGUUCAUGCUGUGUGGUUUAAAUUGAAGAAACCUUCCAUUUCAGGCUAAAGACAAAUAAUAGAAAACAGAAGAAAUUGAGAACACCAGGAUACUCAUUGCUUUUACUUGUAUUUGUUUUCUUUUCAGUACAUUGCUUUCACUAUUGACCAAUAUAAUAUCUGUAACAUUUGCUUUUCCC